AUGCUGGAUUUGAAAUAAAAGUGUAAUUUUAAAGGUCAUUAAAAGAAUAAAAACUAAUCAAUCAGAAUAAUAUAGAUUUAGUUAAUUAUUGAACAAUAAUUUAUUGUUUUAUCUGAUACAAUAAACUUCUCAUUUAAUAAAUUGUAAAAUAAAGAAAUACUUAAUAUCUGAUAUAAUUAAAUAAUUAAGCCACUAUCACCAUUAGAACCAGUAAAGAAUAGAUUAGCUAAAACGAUCAUCGGCGCUUCACUUUAAAGUAAUAGAUUUGAACUUGUUUAAAGUUUUUCUCCUAUUAUUGAUCUGAACGUCUUCUUAUUGCUUUUGGGUAAUUAAAAUCAUCAUAUUAUUUUAGUAGUACAACUAAAUGACAUAUAAAAGCAAAGAAGAGUUUUGUUCAAUUUUUUACUGGAGCGAAAUGCUGUGAACCUGGAGAACUAGAAGACGUUGAUAAUACCAGAGGAAAAAGA